CGCCCGUCCGCCCGCCGGGGCCGUCUCCCGCCGCUGCUGCGGCAGGAUCGGCGGCGCCGCCGCUCGCCUCCAGCUUCUGCCCCUUGCUGCAAAACAGCAAGAGAAGGAAAUCAAGGAGCCACUCCUGCAAUUUACCAGAUAAGCCCAGCAGGGUCAGUAGAGUUCCCAGAAAAAAGCUGCAGCCAUCUGAGGAUAAACCACGUCAAACAGCUUUUACCUUAAAGCCGGCCUGAAAGAAGGAUUCCCGGUUACAAGUCAAGCCCAAUUUGUGAAAUGGACUGAGGCUGGAAGUUUAUCUACUUCUUCGUCCGAAUUCCAGACCAUUGGGAUGAUCGUAAGUGUGCGCGACUAGACCCUAACUGCAGCUAUGAGUUCAGACGAGAAGGGCAUAUCCCCCGCCCAUAAAACAUCCACUCCCACCCAUAGAAGUGCCUCCUCUUCGACGUCCUCCCAAAGGGACAGUAGACAGAGUAUCCACAUACUGGAGAGGACUGCUUCCUCCGGAACCGAGCCUUCUGUUAGUCGCCAGUUGCUAGAACCGGAGCCAGUCCCCCUCUCCAAGGAAGCGGACAGUUGGGAAAUUAUAGAAGGGCUGAAAAUAGGUCAAACCAAUGUCCAGAGACCAGACAAACAUGAAGGCUUUAUGCUGAAGAAAAGAAAAUGGCCUUUGAAAGGCUGGCACAAGCGUUUUUUUGUCCUGGAUAAUGGAAUGUUAAAGUAUUCAAAGGCACCACUUGAUAUUCAAAAAGGGAAGGUCCAUGGAAGCAUCGAUGUUGGACUGUCGGUCAUGUCCAUUAAAAAGAAAGCUCGGAGAAUAGACCUUGAUACGGAAGAGCACAUCUAUCAUUUGAAGGUGAAAUCGCAGGACUGGUUUGACGCGUGGGUCUCCAAGCUGCGCCACCAUCGACUGUAUCGGCAGAAUGAAAUUGUGAGAUCACCAAGAGAUGCCAGUUUUCACAUAUUUCCUUCAACCUCCACAGCUGAAUCCUCACCUGCUGCUAAUGUUUCCGUUGUGGAUGGGAAGAUGCAACCCAACAGCUGUCCGUGGCAGUCCCCUUUACCAAGCAGCAGCAGCCUCCCCGCCACCUGCACGACCGGCCAGAGGAAAGUGGCCGCCUGGUUACAGGACUCGGAGGAAAUGGACAGGUGUGCAGAAGACCUUGCACACUGCCAGUCAAACCUCGUGGAACUUAGCAAGCUCCUGCAAAAUUUGGAAAUACUUCAGAGAACUCAGUCAGCACCUAACUUUACUGACAUGCAGGCUAACUGUGUAGAUAUUUCAAAGAAAGACAAGCGGGUCACAAGAAGAUGGAGAACAAAAAGUGUCAGCAAAGAUACAAAAAUACAACUGCAGGAAGGGCCAUCUGUGAAGGGGCAGUUCAGCACCACUCGGCGCCGGCAGAGGCUAGCGGCAGCAGUGGCUACAACAGUUCCUUUCAGUGCCACCAUGUCACCCGUCCGCUUGCACUCCUCCAACCCCAACCUGUGCGCAGAUAUUGAAUUUCAGACACCCCCUAGCCACCUCACGGACCCCCUGGAGAGCUCAACAGAUUACACGAAACUUCAGGAGGAAUUCUGUCUAAUUGCACAGAAAGUGCAUUCUCUGUUGAAGUCUGCAUUUAAUAGCAUAGCUAUAGAGAAGGAGAAGCUUAAGCAGAUGGUUUCUGAGCAGGAGCACAAUAAAGGCCACAGCACGCAGAUGGCACGGCUCCGACAGUCACUGUCUCAGGCACUCAACCAGAAUGCUGAACUAAGGAAUCGGUUGAGCAGAAUACAUUCAGAAUCUAUUAUUUGUGAUCAGGUUGUCAGUGUAAAUAUUAUUCCUAGCCCUGAUGAGGCUGGUGAGCAAAUCCACGUCAGUCUCCCCCUGUCACAGCAAGUCGCAAAUGAGAGCCGCCUCUCCAUGUCAGAGUCCGUGUCUGAGUUCUUUGAUGCCCAAGAGGUGCUCCUCUCAGCAAGCUCGUCCGAGAACGAGGCUUCAGACGAUGAGUCUUACAUCAGUGAUGUGAGUGAUAAUAUCUCUGAAGACAACACCAGUGUCGCAGACAACAUUUCUCGGCAAAUCUUGAAUGGGGAGCUUACAGGAGGGGCCUUCCGAAAUGGACGUCGAACAUGCCUGCCAGCUCCCUGUCCAGACACCAGUAACAUUAACCUGUGGAAUAUCUUGAGGAACAACAUUGGUAAAGACCUGUCUAAAGUCUCUAUGCCUGUGGAGCUGAACGAGCCACUCAACACUCUGCAGCAUCUCUGCGAGGAAAUGGAAUACAGUGAGCUUCUGGACAAGGCUUCGGAAACCGAUGACCCCUAUGAGCGCAUGGUUCUUAUUGCUGCAUUUGCAGUUUCAGGAUAUUGCUCCACCUAUUUCAGAGCAGGAAGUAAGCCAUUCAACCCUGUCCUUGGGGAGACUUAUGAAUGCAUUAGAGAGGACAAGGGAUUCCGCUUUUUCUCAGAGCAGGUUAGCCAUCAUCCACCCAUUUCUGCCUGUCACUGUGAAUCCAAGAAUUUUGUGUUUUGGCAAGAUAUCAGAUGGAAAAACAAGUUCUGGGGGAAGUCGAUGGAAAUCCUGCCUGUGGGAACCCUGAACGUCAUGCUUCCGAGGUAUGGAGACUGCUACGUGUGGAAUAAGGUCACCACGUGCAUACACAACAUUCUCAGUGGAAGGAGAUGGAUCGAGCAUUAUGGAGAAGUAACCAUUAGAAAUACCAAAAGCAGUGUUUGCAUUUGCAAACUCACAUUUGUCAAGGUGAAUUACUGGAAUAAUAAUGUGAAUGAAGUCCAGGGCGUUGUGAUGGACCAGGAGGGGAAGGCGGUGCACCGGCUGUUCGGGAAGUGGCACGAAGGGCUGUACUGCGGCGUGGCCCCCUCUGCAAAGUGCAUCUGGAGACCAGGUUCCUUGCCAACCAACUAUGAGCUCUACUACGGCUUCACAAGGUUUGCUAUUGAGCUCAAUGAGUUGGAUCCUGUACUGAAAGAUCUCCUCCCGCCAACAGAUGCCCGGUUCCGACCAGAUCAGAGAUUUUUGGAAGAAGGAAAUCUAGAAGCUGCAGCAGCAGAGAAGCAAAGAGUAGAGGAGCUCCAGAGAUCUCGAAGACGAUACAUGGAAGAAAACAACCUCGAGCAUAUACCAAGAUUUUUUAAAAAAGUGAUUGAUGCCAAUCAAAGAGAAGCCUGGGUUUCUAAUGACACCUACUGGGAGCUGCGAAAGGACCCUGGGUUUAGCAAAGUAGACAGCCCCGUUCUGUGGUAACCUGGGAAUGUAGAGCUAGCCAACAUAUCCCGUUCUGAAUGAAUAAGUAACUAUGCACAAUUAUGUUUCUUAGAGCUCCGCGUGGUUUCUGGGUCGACUGAACACUGACCGUUUGCUUUUCUAUUCAUCUUUAUAACGGACGUUCAGAAGUGCAUUAGACAAAGCCCCUGGCCACUUUUGGAUCCUUUCUGUUUUGCUGCAACCAUAUUCCUUAAAAAAACAUCUACACCCUCCUUGAAAAGUGGAAUUAAAGGAGCAGAAUAUAAAAUCCAAAGUCUGACGAGUUUAUGAAGAAAAACAAGCCGUAACUGGUGCUUAAAGCUGAUCCAGAGAGUUUAAAGCAAUGUGACAUAAACCACCAGUUGGGUCCUUUUUCCGGAAGCGCCAUCCCCUCAUCGUCGGAGCUCCUGGGCCACGGCAUCCGGUCAGUUCGGAUCCGAGUGUGCCCGCUGGAUGUGGAGUGCCCGUGCUGGCCUGGUCAGUGAGACGAGAUGCUUCUCAGAGCCCGUUCCGUCCGUCCGCCAUUGUUCAUGCCUUAAGAAAUGCAAAGAUGUACAAUAAAUCGUUUUUUUAAUGUGUGCUCAUAGGUGUAUGUGAAGGACAGGUCUUUUGAAUCAUGGCAUGAUUCACUUCGUGGGAUCAGAACAGUUGGGAGUCUAACUUAAAUGGAUUGAAAAAGCAAAGCGUGCUUUCCUUUGACACUGCAGUCACCGUCUCAUAUAUCUGAAGGGCAAGGAAGAAACAGUGUGCUAGGUAGAUUUCUGUAUCCACAUUGCUUGUCCAGUUCCUGUCCUGCAUCCAGACAAUAAACCAUCCCUCCUCCACCU